AUGUCAGGUCCAUUCCCAACUGUUGCUGAAAAAAUUAAAGGUGUCCAAGUUCUUGGCCCAAUUCCAGACAAUGCUAAACACAUUUUUUCACAAGAAGCUUUAGCUUUUGUUGCUACUUUACACCGUGGUUUUGAAAAGACUAGACAACAAUUGUUAAACAAUAGAAAAGAAGAACAAAAGAGAAGAGACCAAGGUUACUUGCCAAACUUUUUGCCAGAAACUGAACAUAUUAGAAAUGACCCAACUUGGACUGGCCCACCAUUGGCUCCAGGUUUGAUUGACAGAAGAUGUGAAAUUACUGGUCCAACUGAUAGAAAGAUGGUUAUCAAUGCCUUGAACUCGAAUGUUGCUACUUAUAUGGCUGAUUUUGAAGAUUCAUUAACUCCAGCAUGGAGAAACUUGGUUGACGGUCAAGUUAACUUGUACGAUGGUGUUAGAAGAAACUUGAGUUAUGAAACAAAUGGUAAAAAAUAUGCCUUGAACUUGAAAGAAGGUAGACACAUUCCAACUUUGAUUGUUAGACCAAGAGGCUGGCAUUUAACUGAAAAGCAUGUCUUGGUUGAUGGUCAGCCAGUUUCUGGUGGUAUUUUUGAUUUUGCCAUCUACUUUUUCAACAAUGCCAAAGAAACUUUGGCUAGAGGGUUUGGUCCAUACUUUUACUUACCAAAGAUGGAACACCACUUGGAAGCUAAAUUGUGGAACGAUAUCUUCAACUAUUCACAAGAUUAUAUUGGUAUUCCAAGAGGUACCAUUAGAGGAUCCGUUUUGAUUGAAACUAUCCCUGCUGUAUUCCAAAUGGAUGAAAUUAUCUACCAAUUGAGAGAGCACUCUGCUGGUUUGAAUUGUGGUAGAUGGGAUUACAUUUUCUCUUACAUCAAGUGUUUGAGAAACUUCCCAGAGUUUAUCUUGCCAGAUAGAUCACAAGUCACCAUGGCCGCUCCAUUCAUGUCUUCAUACGUCAAGUUGUUGGUACACACCACCCACAAGAGAAAGGUACACGCCUUGGGUGGUAUGGCUGCUCAAAUUCCAAUCAAGGAUGAUGAAGAAAGAAACAGAAAGGCAUUAGAAAAUGUCACUAAAGACAAAUUGAGGGAAGUCUCUUUGGGUUGUGACUCUUGUUGGGUUGCUCACCCAGCUUUGGUUCCAGUUGUUUUGAAAGUUUUCAAUGAACACAUGAAGGGUCCAAACCAAAUUGACUUGCCACCAAAGGAACCAUUCAAGCCAGUAACACAAAGAGACUUGUUGAGUCCAUUUGUUCCAGGAGGUGUCAUUACUGAAGGUGGUAUCAGAGCAAACAUCAUUAUUGGUAUUUCAUACAUUGAAGCUUGGUUGAGAAACGUUGGUUGCGUUCCAAUUAACUACUUGAUGGAAGACGCAGCCACUGCUGAAGUCUCAAGAACUCAAAUUUGGCAAUGGGUCACUCAUGGUGCCAAGACCAACACUGGCAAGGUUAUUACCAAGGAUUAUGUCAAACAAUUAUUAGAUGAAGAAUACGCCAAAUUGACCAAGAAUGCUAAACCAGGCAACAAGUUCAAGCAAGCAUUUGCUUACUUUGCUCCAGAAGCUCUUGGUGAAAGAUACUCUGAUUUCGUCACAACUUUGAUUUACGAUGAUAUCACUACCGUUGGUAGAGCUAUUCCAGGUGAGAAAUUAUAA